ACGGUUCCCCAACUGGGUGGAAAUGGGAAAGUAACGGGGAGCCGGAAUGGGCAAUGCGGCCCCCAAACACAUGGACCCCCCCGACUCUGGUGGAGGAGAAGGUGCAGCAGACAUGGGCAACCCUCCCGCAUGACAGCCAGGAAAACUCGAGCUGGAAGAUAGUGGGUAGGAAGGGAGGAAAAGGAGGGAAAGAGGUUUGGGUUCAGAAACAGCAGGAGCCGCCCGACCAGAGGCAAAAAGAAAAUGAGAGGUGCUGCACCGCCCCAGGGCCGGCGGCAGAGCAGUAUAUCCACAAAGAAGGAGAGGCGGAAGUGGAGUCAAGGGGCAUUCAGGUCCUUCUCGAAGACAGUCUAGCGGAACAAAAAGAACAGUUGGAAGCAGGAAUACGCACACAAGGGGGAGUAUUAGGACAGGAAGCAUCUAACCCCCCGGCACGAUUGGGACAGAUGGGUGUAGAGGAGGGGCGAGAGAAACAAAUGGAGGACGGGGGAAUGGAGGUAGAGCGAUUAGGAGGGGAAAAGAUGGAGUGCUUCCGGGAGACAGCAGAAACUGACCCCUUCCAUGCGGCGUUCAGUUCAGAGCCAAUGGACGUUGAUCCUCUUUCGGUCAACGCCAGUACGACACCGGAGGGGCUGGUCCCAGAGUGUGUUCUGCGGGAGGAAGAGGAGGGGGCGCCACCACAACACCUGCCCAAGGAACAAAAACUGGUGGCCAUCGCUGAUUGGUUGAUGAGGAACCUGAAAGCGAAAUACGGCCCCUUCACGGAUGACAUUUGGGACAGGACUUACCUGGAACUGUUCUCCAUGCUUGAUAUGAGCGCCUCGCUCAAGAACGUGCUGGAAAACGGGCUGCAAUCAAGGGUGAAGUGGUCGGAAGCUUGGCACCGAUUGACCACAAUGGUGUUUGCACGAUUCCAACUGCCACAUGCAACAACAGCAAAGGAGACAGAGCAGGACAUGGCAGUGGAUGAGUGGAACAACCCCCCGGCCCUGCACCAUCCGACUUUGCCACCGGACCCGGACCCCCCAGACCGGGAGGAGAAUGCCCCGCUGUCGGUGCGAAUACCCUUACAAGGGUAUCCGCCCUGGUUUUUGUAGGCGACAUAAUAGUUUUGGUUUAAAGUCU